CGCUCUUUAAGGAGAGGGAAUCCAGCCCACAUAUUUAUUGCAGCCGCUGGAAAAAAAAAGAAAAAAAGAAAAAACUCUUCAAUAUCCCCCAAGAUGGCCGCCGAUGUAGGAUCGAUGUUUCAAUAUUGGAAGAAAUUUGAUCUACGGCGGCUCCAGAGGGAGCUCAACUCUGUAGCAUCUGAGCUGGCGGGUCGACAAGAAGAGAGUGAAGAUUCCCAUCGGCAUCUGGUAGACCUGAGUAGGGAGUUCAGGAGGAAUGUACCGGAGGAAGUCCGGGAGAUGGUGGCACCAGUUCUCAAGAGUUUCCAAGCCCAGGUGGUCACUUUGAACAAGCGGAGUAAGGAGGCUGAGUCUGCUUUCCUCGGUAUCUACAAACAGCUUAUUGAAGCCCCAGAUCCAGCUCCUGUACUGGAGGCCUCACACACCCUGGAGAAAAGGCUGCAGCAGCUUCAGAAUUCAACCCCAGACAGUGAGAGUCUGGUACGGGAGAUCAGUGUGCACUGGAGGAAACACCUGGAGUGCCUUGAAACCACAGGACCCACUAACAACGGUCCUGCGCACCCAACAGAGACAGGGGACCCCUCAAGGUCGAGAUCUCCAGCUUCCCAUAUGACCCCCAACAGCAUGCCGGCUGCAGGAGCCCCAGGCUCUCCACAGGAGAUCUACCAGGACCAAGCUGAGGGACAAGGCGAGGAGGAGAAUGCUGGUGUUAGUUUGGCUGACAAUGACAAACUGUCCGAGGCGGAGGAGAAAAUCAAGGUUCUGAAUUCAUUCGGUGAUGUCGCUUCAAGUCCACAUCUUUGGGACACGGCCCAGACGGAGCUGCUGGACCUGCGGUGUAAAUACAGCCAAGAGAUGACAAACAAGGCAGACGAAGUUAGCGCCAUCAUGGCCCAACUCGAGAAGGCAAACCAGAGAGCAGAAAUGGCCCAGCAGGAGGUGGAGAGGCUAAAGGAGCAGUUAGCCAGCGGCCCUCACCCAGCAGAGGGCACUAGCAAGGAGAGCAGUGAGAAGGGUGAGGUGUCGCCCUCUGAACUGGAGACCACGCUUCUCGCUAAAGAUCGUGAAAUCAUUCGUCUUCUUGAAAACGUCCAGCGGCUGCAGUUCACCCUGCAGGAGGUUCAGGAGAACUCGGCCAAUCAGAUCAUAGAGUUGGAGCGGCAGCUGGCCUACAAGACCGAAGCUAUCGAGAGAUUAGAAGCCAAAUUGAGAUGUCAAAUGGAUUAUGAAGAGAUAAAAACUGAACUCAGUAUCCUAAAAGUCAUGAAACUGGCCUCUGUGAACGGUAGCUCAUCCCAGGACUCUACCAAGACCACAGAUGUGCUUCUUCUGGAUAAGGAGGACUUUAUUCCAUCUCAUAAAUACCUGUUGGAUAAAGCCCACAUUUUGCACAGCACUGAUGAUGACCGCUCUGAGGAUGGAGGCAGAGAAACAGGCAGGCCACCCGGGUCCACCUCCUCGUCAUCUCAGGUGAACGGCCGCACCUCGCUGAGUCCUGGUCCUCCAACACUGGACGGCUUCUCCUCCGGCCACGACCUCCCUCGUCCCUUCUCUGUGUCGCCGUGCUCUGGUGACCGACUGUCGGCCGACCACCUCCUCCACAAGCAUCUUCUCUCCCCGCAUUUGAAAAAAGAGAGCCACAUGGCCUUCCCCACUGCGCUGUACGCGGCCAAGGUGGCCCUCAUGUCCAGCACGCAAGGAUCAGGCGGUAGCGACACAGGCCUGCUCAGCGACCAGUCAGAGAGUGGCGGCUCCAGUACUGCCGGGGAUGACGAGCAGAUAGACACGGCAGAGAUUGCCUUCCAGGUGAAGGAACAGCUACUCAAACAUAACAUCGGCCAACGUGUGUUCGGCCACUACGUGCUGGGCCUCUCCCAAGGCUCAGUCAGCGAGAUCCUGGCCAGACCUAAACCUUGGAGGAAGCUGACUGUCAAAGGCAAAGAACCCUUCAUUAAGAUGAAACAGUUUCUCUCUGAUGAGCAGAACAUUCUGGCACUUAGGACCAUCCAAGUCCGCCAGCGAGGGAGCAUCACUCCACGUAUCCGAACUCCAGAAACUGGGUCAGACGAUGCUAUCAGGAAUAUCUUGGAGCAGGCCAAGAAGGAGAUCCAGUCCCAGAGGGGAGGGGAUUCCAGGACCUCCGUAAACACCGCUUUGAGCAGAAGCAGCAACGGAACAGGCAACGGCUCUGACGAAACCAUUAAGAACAUCCUAGAGCAGGCCAGGAGAGAGAUGGAGUCCCAGCAGCACACCCUGGUAGACAUGGAUGGCUGUGGAAGAGCCUCGUCAGUCGGCACGAUAGCCCAAGUGGAACGUCUGGGCCCCCCUGAGCGCUCCAGGGGCUUGCCUUUGCCCAUAUCCAUUAAGCAAGAAGAGGGGGGCUGUGUUACUGUUUGCAUGGCCAAUUCCAUCAGCAAUCCCCAGACACCACUCAGCGUUCUCUCUCCAGCCGCCUUUGUUCAGAACAUCAUCCGCAAAGUGAAAUCAGAGAUCGGAGAGGUCGGCACAUACUUCGACCAGCACUGGGCUCAAGAGCGGGGGUCGAUGGGGCUGGCCGGUGUGGGUGGCUCACGACCCUUUAAUUCCAUCUCUCCCUCGGUGUCUUCCUCUUCCUCCGGUCCUUCUGUGUUGACUCGACCCUGGCCCCGCCUGGAGAACGGUGAGUGUCUCAGCGAGGACGCUUCCGCAGCCGAAGAGGAGCUGGGGCUGUGUCGGCCCACGGAGGUUAAGGUGGAGUCGGACACUUCGGUCAGUGGCGAGUCUCCAGGCCCGAGUCCCGGUCGGCUCUCCUACUACCCGGCGUACGUUCCCCGAGCUCUGAAGCCGACCGUCCCACCUCUGACUCCAGAGCAGUACGAGUUGUACAUGUACCGAGAGGUGGACACCAUCGAGCUAACCAGGCAAGUGAAGGAGAAGUUGGCGAAGAACGGCAUCUGUCAGAGGAUCUUUGGUGAAAAGGUGCUUGGGCUUUCCCAGGGCAGCGUGAGCGAUAUGCUGUCACGGCCUAAACCCUGGAGCAAGCUGACCCAGAAAGGCCGGGAACCUUUCAUUCGCAUGCAGCUCUGGUUACUUGACCAGCUGGGCCAGACCCUAAACCAGACCCUAAACCAGGGCCCCAACCGGGGCCACGCUCAUGAUAAAAGUCCGGUGAUGACCCAGUCUUCCCCCUCGCCGCCCGUAAGCCCGGCAGAGGGUCAUCCCAGUCCGCCGGUUGAACCGGUCAGCCUCUCCCUGGAAAGCAGCAAGGAGAACCAGCAGCCAGAGAGCCUGGUGCUGGGGCUGCCUCCCCAAACGGAGGGAGGGAAGUCCACCCCCAGCCUCAUGAUCCAGCAUCACCCCGCUCACCAACUCGGCAUCCAAGAACUGGUGGCCAUGUCUUCUGAGCUGGACACCUAUGCAAUCACCAAGAAGGUCAAGGAGGUGCUAACAGACAACAACCUGGGCCAGCGUCUUUUCGGGGAGACUAUCCUGGGUCUGACUCAAGGUUCUGUGUCCGACUUGCUGUCCCGACCCAAACCUUGGCACAAACUCAGCCUGAAAGGCAGGGAGCCGUUCAUCCGCAUGCAGUUGUGGCUCAACGACCCCCACAAUGUGGACAAGCUGAGGGCGAUGAAGAAGAUGGAAAAAAAAGCUUACCUGAAGAGGCGUUAUGGGCUGCUUAGCACAGGCUCGGACAGCGACUCGCCCAGCACUCGCUCCGAGUGUGUGAGCCCGGCCUUGUCCUCGCUGGACCUGUGCUCUUACGGUCAGGCCAAAAAGCCACGGGUGGUGCUUGGAGCGGUGGAGAAAGAGACCCUGAGGAAGGCCUACCUUUUGGAACCAUACCCCUCACAGAACACCAUUGAGAUGUUGGCGUCACAGCUCCACCUCAAGACCAACACUGUUAUCAACUGGUUCCACAACUACAGGUCCAGGAUGAGACGCGAGGUGCUCAUGGAGGGUCUGCCAGACAAUGACACGGACGCCGAGCACCACGCCGACUCCCCGUCAGCGGCACAGAGCCCUCGCUCCGAGGGGGAGGACAGGAAGCCCUCAGGACACAACCACUGCGGCCUUCCUCCCGGCGCCGACGCCGCCCGUCCUUUCGUCAAACAGGAGGCGGCGGACGGGGAAAACGAGGGGGAGGCCAAAGCCGCGCAGUGUUUCCCCCCCGCCGUGCAGUUGAAGAGCGAGCUGGAGGACGCCACCAUCGGCUGCUGCGAGACCUUCUUGACUGGCCAGAGUAUGAAGAAGGAGGAGAGGAUGAGCCCCCAGAGGGAAGACCCCAGGAAGUCCCCCGUCGACCCGCUCAGCUUCAAGGCCUCGUCGGAAGCCUGCCGGAGCAGCUUGGAGGUUUCUCUCAACUCCCCGUCUGCCGCGUCCUCGCCCGGUCUCAUGAUGUCCGUCUCCCCCGUGCCCUCCUCCUCCGCGCCAAUAUCACCCUCGGUGCCUAACCCGCCCUCCAGUCACGGCCCGGACCCCAACCCGCCUCCCUUCCAGAGCCCCGUGCUCAACAGGAGCAGUCAGAGACGCAACGAGAAGGUGGCCAACCUCAAUAACAUCAUCCACAGGCUGGAGAGGGCGGCCAAUCGAGAAGAAACACUAGAAUGGGAGUUUUGAGUAGCAAAUAAAAAAAGCUGAAGACUUGGAACCGGAGCCUGGCUCCAAAGUGUAAACGGGAACAAGGAGCAGACACGAUGCUGACGUCCCCACAGGAUCUCCAAGUUGGAGAUUGGAAAGUUUCUAAACGCGUCUUUUUUUUUUUCUAAUGCUUUGAACUUCGUACGACAGCGCUCGCUGUCCUCGUACCAUUCUGGACUUGACAUGGAGACUCGCAGCUAUGGUGUCAUAAAAAUGCGCACUGAAAUCCUGUAGAUUUGCCACUUGGUGAGAUUAAAAAAAAAAAAAAAAAAAGACCCCUGUCUUAAAGCCAUGAAAAGCACUAUAAUAACUAUUUAAAAAGAGACCUUGACCAAAUUUGCUACUUUUUGCAUAGCAAUUUUUCAGAUAUUGUCUUUAAAGAUCGGACUGAUUAUAAGUCAACGUGACGUCGUUUUAACCGACCUGAGGGAUAGUCCUUUAAGACUCUAAAAUAUUCCACAUCUUGUAUGUAAAUUAGUUCCUCGGUGAAAUGUUUGGAAAUAUUUGUAACUCACACGUAUAAAAAAAAAAAUGUGUUUGUACAUGUUGUAGGAUUGUCUGCAAUAGCCUUCUCUGAAACCCAUGUAGCAUGGUACUCACCUGUAGUUAGUCACCUGUGCUUAUACUUCAGUGGAAGCUAGAGGAUGAAAAAGGGGCGGGUAAAAUAACGCAAAGGGAGUGACGAAAAUAACGAGUGGAAUACUAACUCUGCAAAGAGUUGAUGAGAUGUACCGGUAAUGACCCACAAAUAUUGUCAUGAUCCGUGCCCCGGAUCGUUUUCUGAUAUGUUCUGUUAGUUCCUGUUUUUUGUGCACCCUUGUUUGUUUUAGUUACCAUGGUUACUUAUUAUUUCCACCUGCCUCUGAUUAGUGUUCGCCCGCUCACCUGCUGCCCGAGCACUACACUGCAAAAACAGGAAAAAAAUAUACAAAAAUUAGGGGUACCGUAUUUUUCGGAGUAUAAGUCGCACCGGAGUAUAAGUCGCACCUGCUGAAAAUGCAUAAUAAAGAAGGGAAAAAAACAUAUAUAAGUCGCACUGGAGUAUAAGUCGCAUUUUUGGGGGAAAUUUAUUUGAUAAAACCCAACACCAAGAAUAGACAUUUGAAAGGCAAUUUAAAAUAAAUAAAGAAUAGUGAACAACAGGCUGAAUAAGUGUACGUUAUAUGAGGCAUAAAUAACCAACUGAGAUCGUGCCUGGUAUGUUAACGUAACAUAUUAUGGUAAGAGUCAUUCAAAUAACUAUAACAUAUAGAACAUGCUAUACGUUUACCAAACAAUCUGUCACUCCUAAUCGCUAAAUCCCAUGAAAUCUUAUACGUCUAGUCUUUUACGUGAAUGAGCUAAAUAAUAUUAUUUAAUAUUUUACGCUAAUGUGUUAAUAAUUUCACACAUAAGUCGCUCCUGAGUAUAAGUCGCACCCCCGGGCCAAACUAUGAAAAAAACUGCGACUUAUAGUCCGAAAAAUACGGUACUUAUUAUUUCCACCUGCCUCUGAUUAGUGUUCGCCCGCUCACCUGCUGCCCGAGCACUUCACUGCAAAAAGUCAGUGUUCAAAAACAAGAAAAAAAUAUACAAAAAUGAGGGGUAUUUUAUUUGAACUAAGCAAAAUUAUCUGCCAAUAGAACAAGAAAAUUUCGGCUUGUCAAGACUUUCCAAAACAAGUAAAAUUAAAGCUGCAAGCAGCGAUGGACGGGACCGACUUUGAGGGCUCAUAAAAUCCAAACCAGAGCAGUGAUUAAAACUAUUUCAUCAACUUUUAAUCAGAAGGGUUCAAUCUCUCUCCUGUGCUAAUUUGAAGCCGACACGACAAACGCGCUCAGAGGAGAUAAUGUUUGAAAAAAGGUGACUGUUUUUACUCAACUUUGGUUUUGAAGGGGGAAUUGCAAACUUCCUGUUGAUUUUUGCUGGGGGUUGUCCCGUGUAUGAAAUAUAGGUCUAAGUGAGACCUACAUAGAGGUUUUUGUUUCAUGUCUCUACGACAUUCCUACUGGGAGUUACAGGUAGUUUGGUCUGUAUUCUUCCUAGGGGGCGCUAGAGCGCAAUUUUGAGUUUUGGGAUUUGUUUUUUUUUGCCAGUCCUGAUGUGUGUGUCCAAUUUGGUGAGUUUUGAAGCAUGUUAAGGGGGUCAAAUUACAGCUCAAAGAGGCGGCGGUAUAAUAAUAAAACGCUAGAAAUACAAUAGGGUCCUCUGUCCCAAAGGGACUCGGUCCCUAAUUAGCUAACCUCAAUGAACCCAAAAAUACCUUAAAAUAAGUACAUUCUCACUAAUAACAAGUGCACUUUUCUUGGUAGAAAAAAAAGAGACCUUUUUGCUCAAUAUGUUGAAAAAUAUUCUUAAAUUAAGCUCCUGUAGAACUUUGUAGUGUCUGGCCUGGUUCCGUAGGCUGUCAGUACUUUCAGUCCCUACACUGCAAAAAGUCAGUGUUCGAAAACAAGAAAAAAAAUACAAAAAUGUGGGGUAUUUUAUUUGAACUAAGCAAAAUUAUCCGCCAAUAGAACAAGAAAAUGUCGGCUUGUCAAGACUUUCCAAAACAAGUCAAAUUAGCUAACCUCAAUGAACCCAAAAAUACCUUGAAAUAAGUAUAUUCUCACUAAUAACAAGUGCACUUUUUUUAACAGAGAAAAAAAAUAGAUAUUUUUUCUCAAUAUGUAGAAAAAUAUUAUUAAAUUAAGCUCCUGUAGAACUGUAGUCUCUUACGUGAAUGAGCUAAAUAAUAUUAUUUGAUAUUUUACAGUAAUGUGUUAAUAAUUUCACACAUAAGUCGCUCCUGAGUGUAAGUCGCACCCCCGGCCAAACUAUGAAAAAAACUGCGACUUACAGUCCGAAAAAUACGGUACUUAUUAUUUCCACCUGCCUCUGAUUAGUGUUCGCCCGCUCACCUGCUGCCCGAGCACUUCACUGCAAAAAGUCAGUGUUCAAAAACAAGAAAAAAAUAUACAAAAAUUAGGAGUAUUUUAUUUGAACUAAGCAAAAUUAUCUGCCAAUAGAACAAGAAAAUUUCGGCUUGUCAAGACUUUCCAAAACAAGUAAAAUUAAAGCUGCAAGCAGCGAUGGACGGGACCGACUUUGAGGGCUCAUAAAAUCCAAACCAGAGCAGUGAUUAAAACUAUUUCAUCAACUUUUAAUCAGAAGGGUUUAAUCUCUCUCCUGUGCUAAUUUGAAGCCGACACGACAAACGCGCUCAGAGGAGAUAAUGUUUGAAAAAAGGUGACUGUUUUUACACAACUUUUGUUUUGAAGGGGGAAUUGCAAACUUCCUGUUGAUUUUUGCUGGGGGUUGUCCCGUGUAUGAAAUAUAGGUCUAAGUGAGACCUACAUAGAGGUUUUUGUUUCAUGUCUCUACGACAUUCCUACUGGGAGUUACAGGCAGUUUUGUCUGUAUUCCUCCUAGGGGGCACUAGAGCGCAAUUUUGAGUUUUGGGUUUUUUUUUUUUUUUGCCAGUCCUGAUGUGUGUGUCCAAUUUGGUGAGUUUUGAAGCAUGUUAAGGGGGUCAAAUUACAGCUCAAAGAGGCGGCGGUAUAAUAAUAAUAAAACGCUAGAAAUACAAUAGGGUCCUCUGUCCCAAAGGGACUCGGUCCCUAAUUAGCUAACCUCAAUGAACCCAAAAAUACCUUAAAAUAAGUACAUUCUCACUAAUAACAAGUGCACUUUUCUUGGUAGAAAAAAAAGAGACCUUUUUUGCUCAAUAUGUUGAAAAAUAUUCUUAAAUUAAGCUCCUGUAGAACUUUGUAGUGUCUGGCCUGGUUCCGUAGGCUGUCAGUACUUUCAGUCCCUACACUGCAAAAAGUCAGUGUUCGAAAACAAGAAAAAAAAUACAAAAAUGUGGGGUAUUUUAUUUGAACUAAGCAAAAUUAUCUGCCAAUUGAACAAGAAAAUUUCGGCUUGUCAAGACUUUCCAAAACAAGUCAAAUUAGCUAACCUCAAUGAACCCAAAAAUACCUUAAAAUAAGUAUAUUCUCACUAAUAACAAGUGCACUUUUUUUAACUGAAUAGAUCUUUUUUCUCAAUAUGUUGAAAAAUAUUCUUAAAUUAAGCUCCUGUAUAACUGUAGUCUCUUACGUGAAUGAGCUAAAUAAUAUUAUUUGAUAUUUUACGCUAAUGUGUUAAUAAUUUCACACAUAAGUCGCUCCUGAGUAUAAGUCGC